CUCAUCUCUCAACUUGAUUAAUUGAACUUUCUUUUACAUCUUCCACUUUUACUGUGUGGAAGGAAAGGGAAAGUGUGCACACAUUCAAAUCAGUCAGUUUACGUCCUACAACUUGCAAGAAACAAUCACUAGCUUGAUGAAAUGUGCCCGUCUUUCAGAACGUGAUUAUUUGUUUAGCUAAUUAACCUUGAACCUGUAAUGAAAACUGUUCCAAAUAUGAAAAUUGUUACGAAAGAUAUUUUCAAUAUAAUAUUAUCAAGUUGCAAACGUCGAAAACAAAAUGAAGACACGGAAGAAGGAAAACGAUGUUUUUCUCCAACUUUAAAUCAGGUUAUCUUAUCUUUGGGUCCUUUGCUGCUGACCAUCGGCUUUGGGACAACGUUGGGUUAUUCAGCAACCCUCUUGCCCCAACUGAAGACCUUUUUACAAGUGGACGAAACACAAUCCUCAUGGAUAGCCUCAAUGGCCGCUUUACCGAUGGCUUUUGGAUGCAUUUUAGGUGGUUUCCUCAUCGAAAUGUUCGGCAGAAGGAACACCCACAUCAUCACAUGUCCCGCCCUAUUUUUAGGGUGGAUGUUGAUAUAUUUGGCCCAGAGGAUUGAAGUGAUAUUGCUGGGACGUUUUACCACAGGUCUUUGUUGUGGUGUUUUGGGAUCAGCAACUGGCGUUUACAUCGGGGAGACCUCCAGCCCUUCCGUUAGGAGCUUCCUGUUGGCCACCAUUUCGUUUUCCGUGGCUUUCGGGUUGUUUGUGGUCCAUCUAAUUGGUACGUUCACAACUUGGCAAACAACUGCUUUGAUCUGUGCCUCGAUUCCUGUUGUGAGUUUGUUGUUGUUGGUGUUCGUUCCUGAGUCACCAGCUUGGUUGGUGAAAAAGGGGCGAAUUGAAGAAGCUGAACGAGCCUUUUAUUGGUGCAGAGGAAGCUCGGAUGAAGCGAAAGCUGAGCUCCAAAUCUUAUUGGAAAAGCAACCAAAACUUGACGAGGAAAAGCCGAAGUUCCUGCAUUUAAUCAAAGAGUACUUGGUGCCUGAAUUCCUGAAGCCUUUAGCAAUCAUAGUCGUGUUCAUCGUGGCUAAUCAGUGGGCUGGAGUGAACGCAAUAGCUUUCUACACUGUGUCCAUUCUGGAGCAGACUUUAAGCAACUUCGACGAGUACCUGGCUAUGCUCAUUGUGGAUUUCAUCCGAGUUUUAAUCAGUGUCUUAGCCUGUGUUUUGCUCAGAAAAUUCAAUAGAAGGCCACUAGCCAUUAUCAGUGGGACUGGCACCUUCAUUUCCAUGGCAAUUUUAUCCUGUUACACCUAUUUAAACAGUCUAUAUCCAAACUUAAGCCACCACAAUUACAUCCCCCUAACAGCUUUGAUUUUGUACAUAUCGUUCAUCCAAAUAGGCUUUGUACCACUUCCUUGGUCGAUGAUAGGAGAGGUGUUCCCACUGAAACACCGAAGCGUAGGGAGCGCCAUCAGUUCAUUCAUGGCGUUAAUCUCGUCGUUUUCUGUUGUCAAAACGACACCCGGCAUGUUCAUGGAAUUAGGUUCGUACGGUACGUUUUUGGUGUAUGCUUCUGUAGCUAUUGUUGGUACGAUUUUUGUGGUUGCUUUCUUGCCCGAGACUAGAGGGAAGACUUUGCAUGAAAUUGAAGAUGGAUUCAAGAAACAGUUGCCAAAGAAGGUUGUGAUGAGUAAGUACGAUGAUGACGCAAAUUUUGCUUAAUAAAUUAUUUAUUUAU